ACUACAGGGAGUGGCUGGGGUGGCCAGUUUAGAAACAACAGCCGAGAGAAGGGUUAGAGGAUUACUCUGAUAGGUUUAGCUGAGGAAGUACGGUAAGAGCAAGCGAUGUCCCGGGAAAAUUAAUAUCCUGACGUUUGGAGAGUAAGCAAUAACGCUAAUAUUUAUUUUAAGGGUAGUGAACUUGUUGAUGACUUUGGAUUUCAUAUGCAAAUGUCAAAAGCGUCCUGAUUGCAGCCUUCCCACUGCCCUGAACCGAACAAAGAUUGCAAGCGUGCAGCUCACACCCGGAAGCAGUCGUUCCUCCGCAUGACUUGUGUCAGGAGGCGGCCCGGCUGUGGACGAGAGGUGGCAGAAGAUUGUGUUUGAACAGCAACGUUUCUCAUUGACCUGUGGGAGGAGCGAGGUGGAGCAGCGUUGAGUUCUCGGCGUAUGGUUAUUAGCUGCUUGGGAUCUUUAGUCCGGAAGCUGCUGCGAAUGAAGCCCAAGGUGGUCUUCGUGCUUGGUGGGCCAGGAGCCGGCAAGGGGACCCAGUGUACCAACAUCGUUAAGAAAUAUGGAUACACUCACUUCUCUGCUGGUGAUCUACUUCGUGCCGAACGAAACAAGGAAGGUACUCAGUAUGGAGAACUUAUUGACAAUUACAUAAAAGAAGGGAAAAUUGUACCAGUGGAGAUAACUAUUAAUCUCCUUAAAAGGGCAAUGGAUGACACAAUGGCUAAAGAUGCCACAAAGAACAAAUUUCUCAUUGAUGGAUUUCCCAGAAAUACGGACAAUCUUGAAGGCUGGAACAAGAUAAUGGAUAAUAAUGCUGAUGUAAAAUUUGUCCUUUUCUUUGACUGCAGCAAUGAGAUAUGUAUGGAACGUUGCCUUGAAAGAGGAAAAGGUAGUGGAAGAACAGAUGACAAUACCUUGAGUCUGCAGAAAAGAAUUCAGACUUACAUGCAGUCUACUAAACCCAUUAUCGAACUAUACGCAAAAGAAGGAAAAGUAAGAAGAGUUGAUGGAGCCAAAAGUAUCGAUGAGGUUUUUGUUGAGGUCCAGAAAAUCUUUGAUGCUGAAAAUGGAAUUGACAACUUUUGAAGUUCUACAGAUCUGAUGCUUGUCCUUAGCUGGAAUAACUAUUGUAUUCUACCCUUGUUUAUUUUAAAUUACUGUAUUUUUUUGGGUACAUGUAUCUUUACGUUUAGUGCAUUCAUUACUUUUGUAAGAUAUUCUUUGUUAAGUGUAAUGAAGACGUGCUACAUUUUUUAAACUUGUUUCACAAUUAUAGAAUAAAAAUGUUCAUCUGAAACUUGUUCUUGCUAAGAAUAUAUCUAAAUGCUCUUGAAAUGCAGUGACUUGUGACUGAUUUGUUUUCAUACCAAAUGACCAUAUUUAAUAUGAAGCUGGUGCACAACUGAAUAUUUUCAAAUUAACUUGUGCAAUUUAAUUUCAUUUUUCUUUUUAGUACCAACUUUUACCACAUUUGUAAAUCUAAAUGCAAAUGGACAGAACUUAAAGGCAUAUAUAGAGUAAAGUAUUGAGUUAAAUAAGUAAAGUAUUGAGUUCAUGAAUACUUGAGUACAUUUUUUUUCUGGAGGAUCAACCAAAUUAGAAAAAGUUACCUUUGAAGCUGUGUUUGCACUUGUUCAUUUAUUUGUGUACAUUUAAAAACAAAUUCAUGCAUUGAAAUCUUUUGUGUAAAAAUGUCAAAAGAUGUAUUUUUUAUGUACAUUGCAGUAAAGUGUCCCACAGGUUGAAUAUUUUUAGAGGGCAUAGGGUUGAUUCUGGAAUAAGUAGCUGAGAAACUGCUACAGACCGAUAUUACAUUUUCUUGGUUAAAGAUGACUUUCAAGCCUGAAUAAUAGAUCUGGAAAUGCAUUCGUGAGGAAAAAGUGGUUAUAUCAGAGUUAUGCACCUGAACUUUUUUUUUAGUGUGUUUAAAAACAAUAACAGCCACUUCUUGCUCAUUUUAUAUCAUUUUGGAACUUUGACAAGGCACUACCUAGUGUGUCUCACUAUUGAGUCUCAAAGCAAUUUCUGCAUUAGGAGUAUGGGAUAAUGUUAUUCCCAGGACAGCAAUUCUUUUGGAGCAUUGUCCUGUGAGCGGCCAUUGUUGGUUACUUCAUUCACCGGACAAUAAGAUCUACCCAACACAGCUUUCCCAGUUGUCCAUUUUUUUUCUACAUUCCCCACCCCACAAUGAAAGUUCUGAUUUCCAGUUUUACUGCUUACCUCAGUGCUGGCCCUGACUACACUAAUGCCCUUCCACAUACUCCUUCCCAUUACGUAUGAAAAUAUCCAGUGACUAAUUGCAGUAAGGGCAAGGUGGUGCCACAACUGAAACAACUGUGAGCAACCUGCUGCAGUGUCCAUCCAAUGCCCUUAUAAUACACAAUACCAGUGUAAAGUGAUGUUGCUCUAUGUAUAUGUAGAGGACACUAAAGGAUGCUUUCUAAGAUUAAGGCAGGUUCUAUGCAUCUGGAAAGAUUAUAAACUCUGGAAAUAUAGAGUAGUUCAGCUGGCAUCUGUAAAACGACAGGAUUUGCAUUCCUAUUGUAAAAAUUCUGUGAGAACGGUUCACCCAAAUACUGACCUUUCUUUGUAGUUAACAGAUGCUGAUGGAAUAUCUGCACUUCCAGCACUCUAUUGAUUUAUUUGUGAUUGAGAAUAUCAUGACCAAUUGUUUUACUUGGAUCUCUAAUUCCAAUCCUUCUGAUCUGAACAUUGAAUUUUGAGUAGUUUGUCCAUUUUUUCAAGAUGAGAAUUGACCAGAGUAUCUUGUUUCAUUUAACUUGAUUGUGGUUGAUUUGCUUUGGUAUGGUUUCUUAUUGUUGUUUUUCUUAUCAAAAUCAUUAUUUUGUUUUCUAUUAUAUUUGAUAGCCAUAUUGUUCAAAUGUAAUAAAAUUAGGGCUUUUACUUUUAAAGAUGCAGUGAAUAUUGUCAGAAACAAAGAAAGAUAAUAGUGCAUUGCAGAUGUGUACUUUGAAGUGCCAAGGCUUGGACAAUGCUUGUAUUUUAUGAUUAGCUGACACUUAAUAUUGAGUAAUUACAAUUCAUUCCACUCAUUAAUCUCUGUAGGUAUAAUUGUAACUCAUUGCAGCAUAUUUAGCUUUUACAUCUGGUCAUUUCUGUCUAUUUUACAUGAAACCAUUUUCAGAUUAUUACCAUAUCAGAUCUCUGUAUAAAUGUAGAUUACCUUCGGAUGUGGGGGCUAUUUGCUUAUUAGCACUGCAGAUUAAAAAAAUAAAGAAAAAUUGACUUCA